GUCACUUCCUAAGCUUACCAGCUACCAACACAUCUCACCAUGUUGGGAACUGUGAUUGGUGCUGCAAUAGGAGGAGUUGUGGCUGUGACGGCUGCACCCGUAGCCCUGGGUGCCAUGGGCUUCACUGGGACAGGAAUAGCAGCAGCAUCCAUAGCAGCCAAGAUGAUGUCAGCAGCAGCAAUCGCCAAUGGGGGUGGAGUUGCAGCAGGGAGCCUGGUAGCCACACUACAGUCAGUGGGGGUUGUUGGACUCUCUACAUCAACCAACAUCAUCCUGGGCACAGCUGGGGCAGCCAUCGGAGCCUUGCUUUGAACUUAGGAGACAACACCUCUACCAGCUGAACCCAAAGCCUUUAAGGAAUAUCCAGGAGACAGUGUACCCCAAGAUGAGCCUCCAAAUCUCCCAUUGAAUCCACUGAAAGAUGAAAAAUAAAGGUUAUAUGCUGGUGUGCCGA